ACUAUGUCUUCUCUUUCUUUAUUUUUAAGGUCACCAAGUUAUCCUCCACCUGGCCGUGGUAAAAAUAAAUCAAAACUGAAGUCAGAACAGGAUAGGAUCUCCAAAACUCACAAGCUACUGAGAAGGACUUACUCUAGAACAGUUAAGGCAGAGGAUGUGUGUGCCACAAAAUCUCACAGAACCUUUGGCUGCUUGUUGUUGAGUGAUGCUAGGGCAGAACAGACAAUAGCUAUUAAAUCACACAAACUGUUGAACCGUUCUUGCUCUUCAGUUGUCAGGCAGGAGGAGUGCAUUGCUUUAAAGUCACAUAUGCUAUUAAGUAGGUCAUGUUCUGGGAACCCUCAAUGUGAACACAACAGCACUUUGAAGUCCCAUAAAUUUUUAAGCAGUUCCCACUCCAGUAAUCUUAGAAUGAAAGAAUUGGAUGGAUUGAAGAACCACAAAUUACUCAGCAAGACUUACUCUAAUGCCCCUAAAUCAUCCAAAAUGAAGCCUUUGAAAGAGUUCACCACAGCAGAGGGCAGGAGUCUCUCUCUUACCUCAGGGCUUAUUGGGAUAUUAACAUCAUCUUCAUCAUCUCCUUCACAAAUUGUUCAAAAUUAUGGUGCAAAAUGCAUUUUGGUACAAGACCGUGGCUUUCUUGUGCAGACAAUUGAAUUUGCUGAGCAGCGGAUACCGGUAUUGAAUGAAUACUGUGUAGUCUGUGAUGAACCCCAUGUGUUCCAGAAUGGCCCUAUGUUGAGGCCCACUGUUUGUGAACGGGAGCUCUGUGUAUUUGCUUUCCAAACAUUAGGAGUGAUGAAUGAAGCUGCUGAUGCAAUUGCAACUGGGGCUCAGGUGGUUGAUCUGUUAGUAUCUAUGUGUCGGUCUGCAUUAGAGUCACCUAGGAAAGUUGUCAUUUUUGAGCCAUAUCCUUCUGUAGUUGAUCCUAAUGAUCCUCAGAUGCUGGCCUUUAACCCUAGGAAGAAGAAUUAUGACCGAGUCAUGAAAGCAUUGGAUAGUAUCACCUCUAUUAGAGAGAUGACGCAGGCACCUUACUUGGAAAUAAAGAAGCAGAUGGACAAACAAGAUCCACUUGCACAUCCUCUUCUACAGUGGGUCAUUUCUAGUAAUAGAUCACAUAUUGUGAAACUACCGGUGAAUAGGCAACUAAAGUUUAUGCACACUCCCCACCAGUUCCUGCUUCUGAGCAGUCCACCAGUCAAAGAAUCCAAUUUCCGAGCUGCUAAAAAUCUUUAUGGAAGUACCUUUGCAUUUCAUGGUUCACACAUUGAAAAUUGGCAUUCCAUCCUCAGGAAUGGCUUAGUUGUUGCUUCCAAUACAAGGUUGCAGCUCCAUGGUGCAAUGUUUGGAAGUGGAAUCUACCUUAGUCCAUUGUCAAGCGUAUCAUUUGGUUACUCAGGAAUGAACAAGAAGCAGCAGAAGGUGUCAGCUAAAGAUGAACCAGCUUCAGGCAGUAAAGGCAGUAAUACAUCACAGUUACAGAAGAAAGGACAACAGUCACCAUUUUUGCAAAGCCGUAACUUAAAAUGCAUAGCCUUAUGUGAAGUGAUAACUUCUUCCAAUCUGCACAAACAUGGAGAGAUAUGGGUAGUUCCGAAUACGGAUCAUGUGUGUACAAGAUUUUUCUUUGUGUGA